AUGCUUCCCCUCGGACUCUUGACAGCCGCGCAGGGCCAUCCCAUGCUUGUCGAACUCAAGAAUGGCGAGACGCUGAACGGACACCUUGCCAAUUGCGACAACUGGAUGAACUUAAUACUCAAAGAGGUUGUCCAGACCAGCCCCGAAGGUGAUCGGUUUUUUAGACUCCCAGAAGUGUACAUUCGAGGAAACAACAUCAAGUAUCUACGGAUCCCCGAAGAGAUUGUGGAAGUCGUGAAGGAGCAACAACUAAACCAGCCACCAAACCGCGGUCGCGGUGGCCACCGGGGCGACAGAGGCGACAGGGGAGGCCGCGGUGGUCGGGGAAAUUCAACAUCGGCUCCGGCAUGGCGAUGCUUAAGCAGCCUUACCGCAAACCACCAGGAACACAACGCAGAGAAGGAACGCAAACCGGAAGAGAACGAAAAUGACACUCCGCGAUCUCGAAAACGAGCUUCACGUCAGUCGCGUCGACCGAAUACCCGCGCACCGGGAUUAUCCCAGGUCCCCGAUACACUGAAGAGAAAGCCGACGGCGAGGUUAGAAGCACAACUGCAGGAAUUAACGGCCAAGCGCCCUAAGGUUGUGGGUGCAGUUCAAAUUCUACGAGCGCUCAUUAGAGACCGACAUGUGCGUCCCGACACGCGGCAUUACAAGGCGUUGAUAUUGGCCAAUACGGAUUCGGAGCGUGGAUCGCCCGAGAACGUUCGGGAUCUGCUGUCGGAGAUGGAGGCGAAUAAGAUAACUGCAGAUUCUGGGACUCUGCAUGCUGCAUUACAGGUCCUCGCGGUUCACCCGGAUUACAUAUUGCGACAGGAAAUCCUACACACGUUACGAGAUCGAUGGCUGCCCUUAAGCCCUACCGGCUGGCAUUACGUGGUGGCUGGCCUUGUGCGGGAAAACCAAUUCGAACUGGCCCUAGAUCAUCUUGAGAAGAUGGAGGUCAAAGAGAUCAUGGUCGAGAACUGGCUAUACAGUCUGUUCAUAUACUACCUGUGCGAUUUUGAAGAAUUCGACGAGGUAGUCCGGCUGAUGCGUCUGCGAGCUAGCCGAGGCCAUGACAUGACGCCAGAUUUGUGGCUAUACGUGCUGGAUGCAGCGAGCGCUGCUACUCACCAUGAAGCUACUUAUCAUGUAUGGAGGCAAAUGGUGGAACUGAGAUACUUGAAGCCCUCACAUGGGAUCUGCAGGAAUGUUCUGACGACCGCGUUGCAUGCUGGGAAUACGAAGCUUGCUACAUCGGUGAUCGAGUUCCUGGUUGAAAUCGACGUAGAGCCUGGCUUGGAGGACUAUGAGAGGCUGGCCGAAACCCACCUUAGGACCGGGGAUUUGUGUUCCGGGUUCGAGGUUUGGUGUCAAAUGCAUGCAGAGGGGAUUACACUGGAGGAGAGUUCAACCGAUGCCUUCCUCACCCACAUGAUCCAGAGUAGAAGUCAUCCGCGCGAUGCUUGGGCCAUGCUCAAGCGGUUGAAAGAAUUGGGAUACGAGAUCCCUCUCCGUUGCGCCCUGGUGGUGAUUCAAACGUGCGAGCGGGAGGCGCUAGCCGACCCUUCGAUAGUGGACGAUGGGAUUGCAUUAUAUAAGGAGCUUUACGCGCUUUGUCCGACCAAGGCCGACGCCUCGAUUUACAACUCCCUAAUCGGGAUGUGUCGGCGAGCGAGAGCCCCCGACCCUGGCAUGUUUGUCGUUAACGAGAUGGCAUCUCUCGGAGUGGUGCCUGACAGCAGGACAUUUCAGCAUCUCAUCGUUAUAUGCUUGGAUGCUGGCAAUUUCCAAUCAGCACUCAUGUAUUUCCAGGACAUGCUGGAUCGAAAGUUCACUCCCGACGAGGAUGUGUGCGUGGAGAUUCGGGAGCUCUGUUCCGGGUCCAGCAGCGAAUAUGCACUUCAACUGAGGUAUCACCCGCUUAUCAGGGAUGAAGUGAUACAGCUACCGCGUCAUGACACAGAAUCUCCCGCAGACUCUCCACUCUUGUUUAAGAUCUUGUCUGAUCCACCGCCCGAGUAUAGCCAUCGCCAGAUCAAGCGACCGAAGACGCAGGAAGAACAGCGGGCACAACGGCGGGCAGAAAGCAAAGAAAGUCGAAAACGGAAGAGACGGCGACUGGCCAUCGCGAAGACUCGAGCCGAAGAAGGAUGGGAGGACUAUGAGCCCGGGGGGUUGAUCCCCGAGUCAGAAUUCACAACCCUGGUCAGGAGCAUUCCCAAGGAUGUGCCGAUCAUUUCUGCUGAUGGCGGGCAACCCAACAUCUUCCAACUUCCAACACCCAACAAUAACAACAGCCCGCCCGAUCCAUCUUCAACCGAGCCGUUCCUCGUUCCACGGGAUCGAUCUCGUCCCGGGCUCACUCUGAGACUUUGGACGCAACAACCAGGCGUUCUCAAACCGCCUGGUCCGUCCCGGGAACCCCGGUUUUGA